CUGGGCCCAGGACACCAGGUGGCGACAAGUCGCGGUUGGCCCCAGGGGCUGUGGGGUCACCUUCUCUUCCUCCUUUCUACCACCCCAAGUCGUCUGAGUUGCGUGUUACACAGUGAGGGAGCACCUUUGCCUGGAUCUCCAGCUACCUGCGUUCUAGUCCUGCCUCUGUCUUUUCCUAGAGCUGUGGCCUCAGAUCCCUCCCUGGUGCCACUGCAGCCGAGUGUGCAUCCAAUCUGAAGAAAAUUUACACAGUACAGACAGUGCAGAUAUUCUGGAGUGUAUACAAUAAUAUUCCUCCUGUGACUAGCCUGCCUUUGAGAUGUAGUUAUCAUUUAAUGAGAGGAGAGAGGCGACCACUUUGGGAAGAGGAGAGUAAUGCAAAGGGUGGUGUUUGGAAGAUGAAAGUUCCCAAGGACAGCACGUCCACAGUUUGGAAAGAGUUGUUAUUAGCGACUAUCGGGGAACAAUUCACAGACUGUGCUGCUGCAGAUGACGAAGUCAUAGGAGUUAGUGUCAGUGUUCGGGACCGAGAAGACGUCGUCCAAGUCUGGAAUGUAAAUGCCUCUUUAGUGGGAGAAGCAACCGUUUUAGAAAAGAUCUAUGAACUUCUGCCACACAUAUCUUUUAAAGCAGUAUUUUAUAAACCCCAUGAAGAGCAUCAUGCUUUUGAAGGUGGACGUGGAAAACACUAAUUGCACUCUGUAAAGAAUUCUUUGUCCUUUGCUGAUUGGUUUUGGACACGGUCUUAACAGGAGGGAGAGUGAAGAGAAGACUUGCCGAAGCCCGAUGCUGGUCAAUUUAGAGUGGGUUUCUGUCCUUGCAGAUUGGGCAAUUAGGACGCAAAGUGGCAGGUGGGGUGGGGGGGAGAUUGUGUGGGUUUCUACAGUCACGUUACAUGCUUUUUUUAUUUUUGGCUUUCUAAAUUCUCUGUUCCUUUCACUCUGAUUUUUUUUUUGCCCUUUUAAAUUCCUUAUUCAGUCUAAUUAUUGUUUUCUACACUCCCCUUUCAUUGAGGCACAAGAAAUCGGUUUCCCUUUCAGUAGCUCUGCUGUACCUAGUUAAUGAGAAUAUGCAUAAUCGUGACAAUAAUGCUUUUGAAAACCACACUGUACUUGGAGGAAUGCUAGCUUGGUGAAACCUGUCUUUUGAUUAUUUGUUGUGACACAUUCCUACCUACUAUGCACUGGGCAUUGUUUUCUCUGUCCCAAGGGGGAAAAAAAACGUAUUUAAUUUGAUUUUGCACUGACAGCACACAUAUCUUUUAUUUUUCCUUUUUAAAACAUUUUUUAGUGAUAAAAGGAAAAUAAUAGUUGGGUUGUCUAAUAUGUAAACUAUAAUCACAGUUGAAUAUCAGGCUGUAAACCAGACUCUAGGUCUCUGGGCCCUCUAUGGAAAGAUUUCUAAGCAGAAUUUCUGUUCAGCCUUUUUCAAAUGAAGGCUUAGAGUCAUAGCAAGGGAUUUCUCCCAGUAGAAAACCUAUUUCUGAUUUAAAGAUAAGUGAUAUUUUAAUUGUUUGAAAAAUUUCUUCCAAAUUUUGAGGGCAUGUACUUGGUCCUUUCCAAAUCAAUGCCAACACAUUUUGUUAUAUGGUCCCCUUUUUCUGUUCAUGGUAUAUGCUCUUCCUGACGUCUGUAGUCCUACCUGGCCUCCCUUUUUCUUUUAUGAACAAGACGUUAAACUUUAUUUCCAGGAGGAAUAUGAACAUUCACAAAGUUGAACUUUGAGUAUACUCUGUUCAUAUUAGUUAUUAGAAUUGUUGAUUUUAAAUAUAUAUAUAGUCAUUUACCAAAGACAUACUGGUAUUAGCAGAAGGAAAUGGCUACUCAAUGGAACACUGAAACUUCCUCUAAACGUGACAGUUUCCUCUUUCAGCUCUGCUAAGCCUCCUCCUGCUUUUACAUGAUAAAAAGGCAGGCCUUAGGAGACCCUUCCUCCUCCUGACUUGGUUUUGGAGUCAGGAGAACACGCACAUGCUUAUACACUUCACAGAAGGGCUUGCACCAGGAUCUUUAAUUCCUCUCUCAGCUUUGACCAGCAGAGAUAGAGGUCUACUUCCAGUCCCCAACAUGUGUUUGUAAAUAAAAUCCUCCAGGCCUUUAAAAGGACUUUCAACAGUAUCUAUUUAUGAAAACUGCUCUUCAUAUGCAAUACUAACCAUAUCAACUAUAACAGUGACAGUAGUUUUUAAAUAAUUGUUUCUAAACUUGAGUUUCUUCAGUGAUUUCAAAAUGAGGUAUAAAAAUAUCAGAUCCAUUUUUCAAAACCCUGGAAAUAGUUUCUCUAAACAUUGUACUAACAUCCACUUGAUUUUAAAUUGUUUAUUAAGGAUUUUUAAAGAAUUAUUCUGGACAUAAAUUAAAAUUCUUUUUUAUAAGAUACGUAUUUUUCUUAUAGAUUAGGAAAAAUAUCAUUGACCUACGUUCAUUGUAAUUGUCAUAUCUUUCACAAGUAAAUAGAUCAUGAAUCAUUUUUAUUUUUGAACUUUAUUUAAAGCAUUGUGAUAUGAUCCAAUUUUCAUGUAUGUAGCCUUUGAAAUAAAAUAAUAAAUAGGAAUGUUAGGUUCACAUCAGUGUUUUCUAGUUUCUGUUGUUUAUGAUUAUGGAACUUUUGUCCUGCAGAAAUGCUCAACUAUUUCUUACCCUGUAGCAAAUACCAACUAUAAAAGGACUUAAUUCGCCAAAUGUCAAGCACCUAUCAUCUAAAUUAAGAGGAUUUGGUCAGAUUUUGCUUAGGACAUUGUUUUAAUUGAAUAGUUCAUAGUGGACUUUGUAUGAACUAAGCUGAUUUAAUCAGUUUUAAAGCCUCUCGUUACCUUCUUGGAUUAAAGGAGCUAAUACUCAGGAUGCCAAGAAAUAUUUGUGGGGCAUGUGACCUUUGUAUUAUGGAAGUGUACCCAUCCCGGCCAUUGCUGGGGAACAUGCGAAACAGCAGUAGAGUCUGCGUUUCUCAGCCGACUCCUCGCAAGUGCUGCCUCAGCUCCCUGCACAGAGCCACACAGAAGCCAGAGCUCACUUUCUAGUCUCUGUGACGCAGAGCUAGGGACUCUGAUGGAAAUCAACAUGCUUUUUCUCCUCUUGUUAGGACCUAGGCUGUCAUACUAUAGGUGGGAAAAUUACAACCACUAAAUAAGCACGAAUAAUACCCUUCUCUAUAUUUCAGUUUUCUCUAUAUUGUGAGAAACUUCUCUAUAUUUCAGUUUUCUUUUGUAAUCUCUUCUGAAGUGUGUACUAAAUUUUUAAAUUUCUUCCACCCCACCACCACUUUUUCACACUUCCAAAGUGAGGGUAUAGUUUACAGUAAAUAUGUACAUUGAAUAUAAUGUGGCUAUUAAAUUCAUCAUAAAAAUGAUGGGGGAGAGGCUGCCAAAGGGGGAAUACAACUCCAGUAAACUUUAAAUAAGUUUAACAUGAUUGACUCUCUCUCAGCUCUCUUCUUCAGGUAGCUCACCUCACACUAUACACACAGUCACAAGACACUAUGAUUGAAAGAAGGUUUAUAAAUUGGGUUCACUGGGCAUUAAAUACGAUCUACCAAUGGAGCCUUGAUGUCUGCAGACUACACCCAGUCCAGGCUUCCUUAAACCAGGAACACUGCAGACUGUUAGCCUGACCAACCUCUACCCCCCCCCCCCAAAGCUGGUCACCCCACCAAGCUCGGUGUCUGAUUCAGCCUGCUCUCUGACAUGACUGACAGAAUCAGAUGUCAUCCUUAUACUCGGCUCUCAUUUCCUCCCUCUGCCUCUCAGUGGCUGAGGCAGUAUGAGAGUUUGGUGUUUGAAAAUAACCUCAUUCUGAGAGGAAGUAGUUUUUUUUUUUUUUUUUAAAUGAGAAACCUAGUUUUGAGAGGAUCCCAACUUUCGCGCUUCCGUGGCACCGACAGCAUUUGGAGCUGUCACAUGGUGGCGCUGCCUUCCAGCUGACCAUUCUGGCUCAGCAGCAUAAGAUAUCCAGCUGUUUGUGUAAUCAUUUGAAAAUUCUUCUGCAUUUUGCUCUUAUGAUAUUAUAAAAAUUUGCUUCGAUACUACUGGUAAGAGUUUAGCUCUCCUAUACCUAAUAAAAAUCUAUUAAAGAUAGAACUCUCUGGAUGGGAUCUCAGGUUCUCAUUGAGCCUUUGAACAGUGAUUAAGAAAAGAAUGCAAGUAACAUACAGGAAAUAUCAGAAAUAUUUUGUCAAAUUUCAUGCUCAAAAGGAGAAGUUAAAUUAGGGUUUUAUUAUUUUAUUUUCCAACAUGGAACACCCUUUAAAAUGUAAGCAUAUUGUUCACUUUUCUUAUAUUGUAUUUUUCUGUAGGAUUUCACUCAUUAUAAUGAAAGUAGAGGACUGCCUGUAGGUAGCUUAUUUCUUAAAAUAAUAUAUUCAGAUCUAUUAAAAAAAGAAAACUUUAAGUGUGUGGAGAUUCAGGAUUGUAAAAAUCCUGGAUAUUAAUAACUGAGAGGAAUCAAGGAAAAGGAAAAUGAUAGGAAAUGAGGGCAGGGGAAACCCUGUUGGACUGAUGCUUCUGUGUAGCUAUUAGAGCAGGGUCUUCCUCUCCUCCCAGGAAGAAAAAUGUGCAUUUAGAUUCCUCAUACAUUUGCUUGUAUGGCUCUGUUUUUGUUUUCUAUUUUUACAUUUCCUUCAAAAUCUAAGAAUACUUAUUUAGGCUAAAGCCACCAUCUUGUAUUGUAGAGAGACUUGCUGGUACAACUCACAGACUCUUCAGAAUUUUCAAGUGGAAGGGACCUUUGAGAUCAUCUACCAGUGCUUGUUAGACACCUUCACAUGUAGCGGAAUCACUGUAGUGCUCACUUAAUAUGCAGACUUCUCAGCCCUAACCACAGAGGUUCUGAUUCAGUAUAUUAGGAAGAUGUAGGCUCUGCUUUUAUAGAAGCUACUCCUAUAACUCUAAUGGGGGUGAUCUUCAACUUCAACUUCACUUGACCACCCCUGCCCCAUACGUGCACAUAACAAAUGAGAAAAGCCUCAAAAUCGCCCAAGCUCUCCAAGGUGACCUGAUUUGAGAAUGUGUAAUACCAACAAAGCUUGUGAAGCCUUGUUGCUAAGACUUGAAAAGAUAGUAAUGGUACAUAAGAACUCUAGCAUCAUAGAAGUCGGCGGUAGCCUCUCUGGAAGUCCAUACUAUACAGCCUUUACCACAAAGGCUUUCUCUCUUCUAAAUACUGUUUCAACCUGUUAAGACAAAAGAAAUUAAUGUUCAGAAAAAAGUAGUUACUCUGUAUGUGCAGCAGCUACUUUUCUAUAUUGUCUAUGGCACCUGGGUUUCAGCAUCAUUGAACAAGAUUAAAUGAGUGUUAUAGAGCUAUAAAAUUGCAUGUAAAAUAAUGCAAAACUGUUCAAAUAACUAUUAAAGUAGCCUGGGAAUGAACAUACACUAAAAUUGCCACUCCUAGGUGUAACUUAGGUAAAGUGUUAACUAAACUGGAGGGAUUCUUUAAUACAUACAAGUAUCAAAACAAAUAGCAUUCCCUAAACUAUGUAAAUGGUAAGCAAGUCAUCAUGAAGUCAGUAUUUUUUGUUUAUCAUUGCUACUAAAAUUUAGAGUCCCAUUGUUUAUGUGUGUGUUGAAUGUACUUUAUUAGAAUAUCCAAUAAAGUAACCUUUUGGAUAUUCUAUGCUUUUGUGUCCUUCAGAAAUCAUGAGGUUGAAGGAAUUCUGUGUUAAAUGUUUUUGUUUGGGUUGCUGCCUGAAAAAAUUUCCUGCUCAUUGAAUGAAAUGCAAGGUUUAAUGAAAACUUCAAUUUCUAAUGUUGAAAAGUCAGAGCUUUUCUUAAUAUUUUAUUUUAGAAUAGCUGUCUACGCACCGUUUUUAUAACUGUAACUUUGCAAUGGAGAAAUGAGUAUGAAGUAAAUAACUGUUACUGAAUUUUCUACAGGAAAUUAAUUGCCCCCUCAUCUUUUUACAAACAAAGAAAAGUCUUUUAAUGAAGGUUUAAGAGGGUGAAAAUUUCAGUCACAGCAUUUUACAUUAUAUAAUGAAUGGAAUGGGGUCUAUUAAAAGACAUUGAGCAUUUAAAUAAACUGAGUUUUUAUUUUCACUAGAGCUGCUGGUUUUGUAAGCGUACAUUAAACUUCCCCCAAAUUUCUCAGUCCUUUAUCCAGUUGGACUUAAAAUCACUGUAUGGUUUUUAAAUGGUUUUUAACUGUCUUCUCAAUUGUUGUUCAAUAGCAAGC